GAGCUCACCGCUGGGACUGCUGGGACAGACGCUAUGGCUAAGGAUACUCAAACGAAGAAGCCUUCGAAGGCUGACAAGAAGACUCGCUCUAGCGCAUCUGUUUCUGCUAAGGAUGCUGUCCUCGGCACCCCGUCUAUGAAGGUCAAGGCUGCAAAGGAGGCCUCGCCUGCCCCUACUCCUGCUGUCGAAAAAAUGGCUACCAAGGAGCGACAGAAGGAGAGGAAGAAGGAAAAAGAGGAAAAAUCUCUGAAGAAAGCUAAGGGAGAGAUAGUGGAGGAGAGGCAGGACAUGAAGGAGGCAAGCAAAAAAGCGAAAGGUGAUCAGGACGUGAGUGCGGCGGUGAAGAGUGUUGCGGCACGGGAUUCUGUUGAGCAGAAAGGGGUGGAUAAGAAGAGGAAGAGGAAGCAGAAAGGGAAGGCUGCCGAUGCUGACACGAGCGAGGAGCGGGUUCUCCAGGAUGAGCCGGCGCAGCAGGCAACUCCCCCUGCCGAAGAGGUCAAGCAGCCCAAUAAGAAGAAGAGCAAGGCUGAGAAAAACAAGGAGGAGGAUAGAGACGUCCAAGAUGGCGGCAAGACCGAAGAACCCUCUCCGAAGAAGGCAAAGAGCAGGUCAGACGGGAAGAAGAAACCCACAGGUUCCCUCCUUUCCCAGAGCGCUCCCCCCGCCCCCGCCCCCGCCCCCGCCCCCGCCCCCUCCUCCAAGAAACCCAAGUCCACUCCCCUGCCGGUUCCUGCAGCACCCUCAUCCGCUGCCGAGGACGAACAGACGGCAGAGGAUGGCGCGGCCGCGUCAGAGGACGAGUCUGUCCACCUGCACGGAUUCUCCGACUCCGAAGAUUCUUCAGACGACGAAGACUUCACGCCGGACGCAGACCCUGUAGAACUCGCCAAGCUACCUACCAUUGCGAAGGACGACGCGACCGUGAAGCGCAGACUGGACAAAGCCAAGCGUCACCCAACAGAAGAUCGGGGGGUCAUCUACAUCGGGCGUCUACCGCACGGGUUCUACGAGGACCAGAUGCGAGGUUACUUCUCUCAAUUUGGGGCUGUCACUCGGUUGAGGCUAUCCCGUAACAAGAAGACCGGACGCUCAAAGCACUAUGCCUUUGUCGAAUUCGCAUCAUCAGAAGUCGCGAAGAUCGUCGCAGAUACGAUGAAUAACUACCUCUUGCUCGGCCACAUCCUACAAUGCAGAGUGAUCCCUAAGGAGGAGGUCCACCCAGAACUGUGGGUGGGCGCUAACCGGAAGUGGCGGGUGGUACCCCGUGAUCGCAUCGCGCGGGUCCAGCAUAACAAGCCUCGGACUCCGGAAGAGCAAGAGAAGGCGGAACGGAGACUGCUUAGUCGCCAGGAUGCGAAGAAGCGGAAGCUGCAAGAGCUGGGAAUCAAGUACGAUCUGGAUGAAGUUUCUUAUAAAAAGUCCAAGCCUGCCACUGCAUAGACUGAUUACCAGUCCGCUAGUUGACGUUUACUGUGAUCUUUUUCUGUAUUUCUUACUGCAUGAAAUGGUUCAGCGGGUCAUCACCGGUACCUGUCAGAGCUUCG